AGAAAAGAAGCCUCUUCAUUUCUCUCUUUCUCGAUGGAGAUGACUAAGCUGAAGCUCCUCUUAUUCACGGCGGCGCUGCUAAUGUGCACCGGGAGUGCAACCUCCGCGAAAAGCUGUCCGAACUGCGGCAACAGCACAGUUCCUUACCCGCUCAGCACCGGUCUCUCCUGUGGAGACCAGUCCUAUAAGAUCCGGUGCGAUGCGGGCUCGCUCAAGUUCGAUACGCUCAACACCACCUACGCAAUCACGUCCGUCAAUCCCUCCACCCAACGUUUCGUGAUCAGACCCGCGGAGUUCCUGCCCAACACCUGCGUCACAUCAGAUCUCGUCCAUCAGGGCGUGCAGCUUAACAGCACCCUCCCCUUCAACGUCACUAGCAGCAACACCAUCCUCUACCUCAACUGUUCCGAAGACAUCCUCCGAUCGCCUUUGAAUUGCUCGUCGAAUAGCUUGUGCCACGUGUAUGCCAACGACAGCGGAGCUUCGGCUCCAUGCGAGGCCGCACCGCGAUGCUGUACGUUCAGGGCGGGCGGGUCAUCGACUUCCUACAUGAUUCGGGUCCGGAAGUCGGGGUGUAGUGCCUACACGAGCUUCGUCAACUUGGACCCGAGCUUGCCUGUGAACCAGUGGCCCGACCCAGGUUUGGAGAUUCAGUGGGUGUUGCCAAGGGAACCCGUGUGUGGGUCCCAGGCGGACUGUGAUGACGGGCAGAACUCUCGUUGUGAGCCCGACCCAGCUGCGGGUGGGGUUAGUCGGUGCUUCUGUAACUCGCUUGUUUGGGACCCGGUUGUGGGGUUAUGCGCUGAAAAAUGUGCAAAUGUUGAGGGCUGCGGCGGCGAAUCGGACCGGACAGCACUGAUAGCAGGUUUAACUAGCGGCCUUGGUGCAACACUGUUUGUUGCCAUCAUCGCCAUUUUACUCUACAAACGCCAUAGGCGCAUCAAAGAAGCACGAGAACGCCUGACCAGAGAGCGAGAAGAAAUCCUAAAUGCCAAUAGGGGAGGCAGAGCAGCAAAACUAUUCACUGGCAGAGACAUCAAGAAAGCAACACACGUCUUCUCCAGAGACCGCCUCCUAGGCACUGGUGGGUAUGGUGAAGUCUACAAAGGCAUUCUAGAAGAUGGCACAGAUGUUGCCGUCAAGUGUGCUAAGGUUGGAAACACCAAAGGCACCGACCAGGUCCUCAACGAAGUCAGAAUUCUAUGUCAUGUCAACCACCGAAGCCUUGUGCGCCUACUUGGCUGUUGUGUUGAGCUAGAGCAGCCUAUUUUGGUGUACGAGUACAUAGCAAAUGGGACUCUUUUAGAACAUUUGCAGGGUCUGAAACCUGGUGGGCGAGGUCGCCUUAGUUGGAGUCAUCGUCUUCGCAUUGCCCAUGAUGCUGCUGAAGGUCUUGCAUACCUCCAUUCCUCUGCAGUUCCUCCAAUAUAUCACCGAGAUGUCAAGUCUAGUAACAUUCUGCUUGACGAGAAACUGAAUGCCAAGGUUUCAGAUUUUGGAUUAUCUAGAUUGGCUCAUACUGAUUUGAGCCACGUCUCAACUUGUGCUCAAGGGACUCUUGGAUACCUUGAUCCUGAGUAUUAUAGAAAUUAUCAGUUGACUGAUAAAAGCGAUGUAUAUAGCUUUGGAGUCGUGUUGUUGGAGCUGUUGACUUCUCAAAAGGCAAUUGAUUUUAACAGGGAAGCAGAUGAUGUGAACUUGGCAGUCUAUGUGCAGAGAAUGGUGGAGGAAGAGAGGUUAAUGGAUGCCAUAGAUCCAAUGCUAAUAGACGGAGCAAGCACUUUCGAGAUGGAGACCAUGAAGGCUUUGGGUUUUCUGGCAGUAAGUUGCUUGGAGGAACGUAGACAGAACCGACCUUCCAUGAAAGAAGUUGCCGAGGAGAUCGAGUAUAUUAUGAGUAUUGCGAGGGCAAAAGAUGUUCAGGAUUAGUUACUAGUGAAAUUUCGAGGUACUUAAAGACGCAGUUGAUUUUAUGAUCACAUAUGCAUGCUAUUGGUGUUUGUUGUUGAGCAUAAUGACUCCUAUUAUAUUACUUUGUUUAGUGCACAUGAUGUAUACAUACUGUAAUAUGAAUAAACAUCGACAUAGUUUUGCUCGAAGAAGAA